AUGAGGACAAUAAUAAAUUAUAUAAAACACGCGUGUAGUCAUGCCUUGACUUUCUCCAAUAUCGAAAACUGUAAAAUGGUGCUGGUCGUAAGAUCAGAUAUAUCCAUGGGAAAGGGAAAAACUGCAGCUCAAUGUGCACAUGCAGCCGUAGAGUGUUAUCGUCAAGCAGUAGAGAAUGCAAAGUACAAACCAUUGUUCGAGUCUUGGUUAUUAAGAGGUCAGCCUAAAAUUGUUCUAAGAAUAUCCGACGAAGAAAGUUUACUGUCGUUGGCACGUAAAGCCCGUAAAGCUGGUCUUAUCAUCGCCAUAAUAAAAGAUGCAGGAAGAACUCAGUUAGAAUCGGGUACGAUCUCUGCGCUUGGAAUUGGACCGGGCCCCAAAGAAGUCAUAGAUGACCUUACUUCAAAUUUGAAGUUAUUGUAAUUCUGUUAGACAUGUACAAAGGGUAUUUCUGUUAUGAACAUUCAAAUAAAGU